UAUCACACCGGGUGAAAAUGGCGGAGGUUUCGAUAAAGCGACGAUCUGUAAAGUCUUCCAAAGCGAAGAAACGAGUCGUCGAAGUAGAUGAUGAUGAUGACAUUGUCCCAGUGAAGGAGCCAAAAAUUGAUAAAAGUAGAUCUUGUCCCUAUUUGGAUACCAUCAACAGAUCAUUGUUGGACUUUGAUUUUGAGAAGUUAUGUUCUGUGUCCUUGUCCCACAUCAACGUCUAUGCCUGUCUGGUCUGUGGCAAGUACUUCCAAGGCCGUGGACCCAACACUCAUGCCUACAUCCACAGUGUGUUUGAAGGCCACCAUGUCUUCCUCAACCUUCAGACGCAGAAGUUCUACUGUCUCCCUGACAACUACGAGAUUAUCGACUCAUCACUUGAAGAUAUUAUCUAUGUCCUGAACCCAACAUUCACGGAUCUCAAUAUCAAGAGACUUGACAAGAACCCCAAGAUGUCCAGGGCCUAUGAUGGCACUACAUACUUACCAGGUAUUGUUGGUCUGAACAACAUCAAAGCCAAUGAUUACUGCAAUGUGGUGCUGCAGGCCUUGUCUCAUGUGGUUCCGCUGAGAAACUACUUCCUCCAGGAGGCCAGCUACAAGAAAAUCAAGCGUCCCCCUGGAGACCAGGCAUUUCUGCUUGUACAGAGGUUUGGGGAGUUGCUACGGAAACUGUGGAACCCCCGAAACUUCAAGGCCCAUGUCAGCCCCCAUGAGAUGCUUCAGGCUGUGGUGUUGUGUAGUAAGAAGCGCUUCCAGAUCACAGAACAAGGUGACCCUGUUGACUUCUUGUCCUGGCUGCUGAAUGCUCUGCACACUGCAAUGAACGGAACCCGGAAGUUGAACAGCAGCAUCAUCAACAAGACAUUUCGGGGCAAGAUGAGAGUCUACUCCAGGAAGAUGCCACCAAUUGACAUGAAAGAAGAGGAAAAGGAGGCGCUGAUGCUCACAGAGGAUUAUAUGGAGACGAUGGAAGAAUUGCCCUGGCUGUACCUGACCUGUGACCUGCCAUCACCGCCGCUGUAUCCAGAUGAGUUGAAGGAGAACAUCAUCCCUCAAGUACCGUUUGCUACCAUCCUGUCCAAGUUCAAUGGCGUGUCGGAGAAAGAGUACAAGACCCACAAAGACAGCACCAUGAAAAGAUUUGAGCUGACCAGGCUGCCCCCAUAUAUCAUCAUAUACAUCAAGAGAUUUACAAAGAAUUAUUUUGUACGAGAAAAGAAUCCCACUAUUGUGAAUUUUCCUAUCAAGAACAUAGACUUUGGAGACAUGCUGUCAACUGAGGUGAGAGCCCAGCACAAGUACACAUCGUAUGAUCUAGUAGCCAACGUUGUCCAUGACGGAGAGCCCGGGGCGGGCAAGGGCACAUACAGGGGACACAUACUUCACAAGGGUUCUGGGAAGUGGUACGAGCUCCAGGAUCUCCAUGUGGCAGACAUCCUUCCUCAGAUGAUCACGUUGUCGGAGAGUUACAUCCAGAUUUUCGAGGUUCGUCGAGACAUCUUGAACCCUUUCUACAGUGAUGGGACUAAACAGGAGAACAUGGAAACAGAGACAUCUGGUGCUACAAAGGAAAAACCAAAUGAAUCAUGAUGAAUGCUUAGUUCUUUAAGAGUGGACAGUUUUGUAUGACAUGGCAGUAUUUGUACUGGUUUGAAAAUGCAUGUGAAGACUUGAAAACAAGGAGAGGCUGCAACUAGAAUAUGAUAGCAUUGCUGACAGUAUUGAUCAGAUUGUUGACAAGAUUCACAAUAUUGCCUUUUUGAGCAGACAAGUCAUUUCAUGGAUAAAAUACUACUUGAAAGUAAUGUUAAAACGUAGAUGUCUCUUUCAUUCAUGAAAGUGUGUUUAGAUGAAAAUGUCUGUUCAUGAGGAAUGUGAAUUGGACUUCAUUGUAGCAGACUGUUGCUAUAUUGUACCUUGUUAUAGUUGCAGAUAUGUUGCUGAAUGUGGACAUAUAAUGUUGGCCUGACAAGGGAAGUGUCAUUGUAAGAUAAUCUUUUAAUACAAGUUUAUCCAACUUG